AUGGAGAUGCAGGACCGCUUUAUUGACUCCACGUUAAUGAAUUUUGUCAGUGACAUGAACCUUAUGGAGUGUCCACAAAAAUAUGCUUUAGCACCAAAGCAGCAGGUGGAUGAUACUCCAUCAGGUCCAACCAGCCAGACGCGGUUAAACGACUCUUCCUGGAGCCAGGAAGUGGAGGACGAUGUGCGCACUGCUCCGUUGAUGAUGGGCUCGCCGAGAUACUACAGCCGCGGUGCCCGCGGGAAUGCAAAGUCCAAGCGGAGGAGGAUCAUCACCGUGGUCCAGCGGCAGGCGGCUAAUGUGCGGGAAAGAAAGCGAAUGUUCAGUCUGAAUGAGGCAUUUGACGAGCUAAGGAGAAAAGUUCCUACAUUCGCAUACGAGAAGAGGCUGUCCCGUAUCGAGACGCUGCGUCUGGCCAUCGUCUACAUCUCCUUCAUGAUGGACCUGCUGGAGAACACCUGAGAACAG